AUGGGCCAUCUCAUCACAGUCUCAACCUCUCUGAACCAAUGGGCAUUGGACUUUGAGGGGAACCUCCAACGCAUCCUGGAGAGUAUCCGGAUUGCCAAGGAGAAGGGUGCGACCCUUCGCGUUGGCCCGGAGCUCGAGAUCACCGGCUAUGGCUGCAUGGACCAUUUUCUAGAGGGGGAUACUGGACUGCAUGCGUGGGAGGUCCUAGCUGAAAUACUCAAGUCAGAUGAGGCCAAGGGGAUCGUGUGCGAUAUCGGAAUGCCAAUCACUCACAAGAACGUCAUCUAUAACUGUCGCGUAGUCAUACACGAUGGCAAAAUCCUUCUCAUCCGACCCAAGAUGUGGAUGGCAAAUGAUGGCAACUACCGCGAACUGCGUUGGUUCACGCCCUGGGCAAAACAUAGACAGGUGGAAGACCAUUACCUGCCGCGUUUAGUUCACGCGGUUACUGGCCAGACCAAAGUACCUUUCGGAGAUGCAGUCAUCAGCACCAUCGACACUUGUAUCGGAAUUGAACUGUGCGAAGAGCUGUUUACACCUGCGAGUCCGCACAUCUUGAUGGGUCUCGAUGGCGUGGAAAUAUUCACGAACUCGAGCGGAAGUCACCACGAAUUGCGCAAGCUGUACCGGCGUGUCGAGCUCAUGAAGGAGGCGACAAUGAAGGCUGGGGGCAUCUACCUGUACGCGAACCAGCAAGGCUGCGACGGCGACCGCCUGUACUACGACGGAUGCGCGAUGAUUGUGGUCAACGGGCGCGUCGUCGCGCAAGGUUCGCAGUUUUCUCUGCAAGACGUCGAAGUGGUCACAGCGACCAUCGAUAUCGAAGACAUACGUGCCCACCGUGCAACGAGCAGCCGGAGCAAUCAGGCUGCGGCGGCAGAGCGUUACCAGCGCAUCGAGGUCGACUUCGCGCUCUCCGACGGUCUUCAGGAUGAGAUCAAGGACUUCAGCGAGCUCGUCGUUGGGAAGCUGCAGGAAGUGCGCUAUCACAGGCCCGAAGAGGAGAUCGCAUUGGGCCCUGCGUGCUGGCUCUGGGACUACCUGCGCAGAUCGCGCACGCAAGGGUAUUUUAUUCCUCUCAGUGGGGGCAUCGACAGUUGCGCCACGUCUGUGAUAGUCUUUUCCAUGUGCCGUCUAGUUGCCGAGGCAGCGCGGAACGGAGAUGGACAGGUCAUUGAGGACGCGCGACGCAUCGCGGGCGAAGAGCCGGGGUCCACAUACGUGCCAGACGAUCCCCGCGAGUUCGCGAACCGCAUCUUCCACACCUGCUAUAUGGGUACGGAAAACUCGAGUCCAGACACGCGCAAGCGCGCCAAAGAUCUCGCCAACGCGAUCGGCAGCUACCACAUCGACCUGAACAUGGACACGCUCGUCACUGCGAUCCGCGACCUCUUCGCGUACGUGACGGGUGUUAAGCCGCGCUUCCGGGUGCACGGCGGGACGGGCGCGGAGAACCUUGCACUACAGAACAUCCAGGCGCGCCUAAGGAUGGUCGUCGCGUACCUGUUCGCGCAGCUGAUGCCGUGGGUGCGCGGCAGGCAGGGUGGGCUGCUCGUGCUCGGGAGUGCGAACGUGGAUGAGAGCUUGCGUGGCUAUUUUACCAAGUACGACUGCUCGUCUGCCGACGUCAACCCCAUCGGCGCGAUCAGCAAGACCGACCUGAAGAAGUUCAUCGCAUACGCACGCGACGCCUUCGAUCUCCCAAUCUUGACCGACUUCCUCGACGCCGUGCCCACCGCCGAGCUCGAGCCGAUCACUGAGACUUACGUCCAGGCUGAUGAGGCGGACAUGGGCAUGACCUACGACGAGCUCUCUGUUUUCGGGCGGCUGCGCAAGGUUGAGAAGUGCGGUCCCUGGAGCAUGUUCACGAAGCUCUGCCACGAAUGGGGUUCCUUCCUCUCCCCACCACAGGUCGCGGAGAAAGUAAAGCUCUUCUUCUUCGAGUACGCGCGCAACCGGCACAAGAUGACCACUCUAACCCCGUCCUACCACGCGGAGCAAUACAGUCCUGACGAUAACCGGUUCGACUUGCGUCCCUUCCUGUACCCGUCCCGCUUCCCGUGGCAGUUCAAGAAGAUCGACGCUGCGGCGGCACGGUGGGCGGACAGGACUACUGUGCAUGCGCAGGCGGCGCGCGACCAGGAGGCCAUCAAGGCGCACGAGGUGGACUGAUCAGCCCGUCACAACGUAGCGCGGUUUGAGUGUGAGGGAGAAGAGAUAGAAAUACAGUAGGCGGGGGCGCCCGUAUACGUUACAGAAGAGCAGAAGACAACGAGAACCUGUAUGCAGUAGAGGGGGGUAUGGUAGAGCGAUAAAUAGCAAGCGAGCGAGCAGUGGUCGGGUUCUACGUCCGUACGAGGAAGCGGGACAGCGCGCCUUGGAUCACGAUCUUCUUCAUGAUGGUAGGUUCCGGUGGAUCUGUGAGGUUCUCGUCCUUGACCUUGCGCUUGAUGCUGUCCAUGACCUCGCUGACGCCCGAGCGGUCGAGGUCGCUGCGCGCCUUCAUGAGCGCCUCUACAAACUGGAUGCACGGCCCGUGGACUUUCGCGAACGACCAGUACGAGAGGAAGACGAGGCUCUUCGACGCCUCGAGCAUCGAGAGCACCUGGUCGAGCACCUCCAUCUGCGGCUCGAGCUCCUUCAUCUUCUUGUACGUCCCGAAGAACUUGUACACCUCGUCGAUGUCCGCCCGGAUGCGCUCCGCCGCGGCAGGCAUGUUCAACUUCCCGCUGUUCGCAAGUGCGGUGAGGUACGUGACGAGGUACAUGUCGAUGAGGUCCUCGAGGAGCACCUCGAACAACGACUCGUUCAGGUACGACUGGUAGUCGGACAGAUAGUCGCGCAUCGUCUCGACGAUCGCCGCGUGCGUCCCGUCGUACCACGCCGGCUGGAAGAGCUGCUUGAUCGCGGGCUUCAGGUCGUUGAAGAUGAUGUUGAUCAGCGUCUGCGUGUACUUCUUCGCGACGUCGAGGUACCCGUCCAGCGCGUCGUUGAACCGGUCGUGGAUCGUCACCUGGUACUUCUCCGACACCAGCGGCUCGAUGCGCGCGGACAGACCCUCCGUGAAGUCCGCCGACUUGAUCUGGUCGUUCGCGAGCGCGAUGCAGUACUCGACGAGUCCCCCGGGCACCUCCUCCGGCUUCUCCGUGUGCUUCUUGAACUCGGUAUCGACGAGCUUCACCCAGCGGUCCUGGAUGCUGCGCAUCACACGGUUCACCUCCUCGACUGCGCGCGCGAGCACCAGGCCCUGCCCGCUGUCGAGCGCGAGGUCGAUCUGCUGGUUCACCAUCUCCAGGAAGAUGACCGUGCCCGAGGUCGUGUAGAGCCCGUCGCUGCUGAUCUCGGGCGGCUCCUCGCGCGCGGUGAACGCUGCGACUUCGGUCUUCAUCAGGUUCUCCGACCACUCGUCCAGCUUCUUGAUGAUGAGUUGCAGGUAGUCCUCGAUGAGGUUCUGCUCCUUGCCCUCCAGAAGCGGAGGCUCGAGCCAUUCGGGCGCGAUCCCGAGUUCGCGCAUGCUCUUCUUGUACUCCUUGAUCCACGCGUGCAGGGUGAGCAGGGCGCUCGCUUCGGGUUCCGACUUGACCAGCCUGUUGAUGGUGCUGUUGAGCGCUUUGUGGUACUCGCGCACAUAUGUCUGCCAGAUGUCGUAGGAAGGGGGGAAGCACGGAACGACAUCGCUCUCAAUUCGGAUGAGGUCCUUGUAGAUGAAGACGAGAUCGUCCAGGAACCCGGCAGGAUCGCGCUCGUUCGCCACGUACACCUCGUUGAACUUGUCCAUAAUAGACGCGGUGAUGCAUUUCAUGACCUUCGAACGGUAGUGCUUGAUCACGCGCGCAUUGGCUUGCAUCGACCGGAACUUGGAGGCGGCGUCCAUCUUCCCAGCCUUCUUGACCAGCUUGAUGGCUAUAGCCUUCUCAUCCUCCCUGGCCUCCAUCUCAACGACCUUCAUCAACCGAACGAUGACAUCCGGGUUCCCGGCCCGCACGAUGGGUAAUAUGUUGCCGGCGAGUUCAAGCACAUAUUGGUCGAAUGCUUCGAUGAGAUUGGUGAGCCGUUCAAACCAGCGCGUGAGCGUGUUCCGAGUAUCCGCGGAAGACUUCUUCGCCUGAUGCAUAGUCUGAUUCCGGAACGCCUCGAGUCGGUUGAGCUGGAAAUGUAUACGGAGGAGGCUGGGGGCGGGGCCGAGGAUGUCAUCGCUAUCCUCAACGAGCAUGCGCUCCAGCAUCUCCAGCUUCGAGUUCAUCUCGAGAAGGUUAUUGACCAUCUCCUCCGUUUGCUCGAAGUUGCGAUGGACCAUCGACACUCUGCUAAUCUGGUCGAAGGUCGUGACGACGUACGUGGGGUCGUUGCACAUCCUGUCCACCGUCUCCAUUUCGUCCUUGAUGGUCUGCACAUUGCCACGCGUGCCAAACAGCUUUCGCAGGCCCUCUCGUGUUGCGUCCAGCUGCUCUUUAACGCCUCCCCUGAGUCUCGCGUCGAUUGAGGCCUUCUCCUUCUCGAGCUUCUUCCGGAAGGCAGCGACCUUUGCAAGAUCGUCGGGAGACUGCAGAUACUCGCCAACAGCCUGGGCAGCAGAGAUGGUCGGCGCAGCCAUUGAGAGAUAGAGGGUAGUCGUCUCUUGGGAUCGUCGUCGUAGUGGUAGUAAAGGUUCAAGCGUAUGAGGCCAAUGUAGACGGUUGCAUGUUUGAGGGG